GGAAAUGGUGGCAGCUCCAGGAAGCCGCCGCAGGGGCCGGGAAACACUUCGGGGCGGCAUCCCCCCCGGGCGGCAGAUCCCCGCCGCGUCCGCCGCGGCGCAGCCAUGGGCUCCCCGCAGCGCCCGCCGCUUGCCCACGUCUUCAGGGGGACCUUCGUGCACUCCAGCCCCUCCGCGCCCAUGGAGAUCCUUCACGGACACCUGCUAGGGGUGGACGAGAGCGGGACGAUUGUCUUUUUGGAACAAACAAAUCAGCAAGAGCAACUGAUAAAGAAGUGGGGGUUCAAAACAUCUGACAUAAGAGAACUGAGUAACCAUGAAUUCUUCAUGCCAGGAAUGGUUGAUACCCACAUUCAUGCCCCUCAGUAUUCAUUUGCUGGUACAAGAAUUGAUCUUCCUCUUUUGCAGUGGUUAACUACAUACACAUUCCCAACAGAAGUCAAAUACAAAGACAGUGAUUUUGCAGAAGAAGUGUACACAAGAGUUGUGAGACGAACUCUGAAGAAUGGCACUACUACAGCUUGCUACUUUGCAACAAUUUACACAGAUACUUCUCUUCUCCUUGCUGAAAUUACAGAUAAAUUUGGUCAACGAGCAUUUGUUGGCAAAGUCUGCAUGGAUAUGAAUGACAGCGUGCCACAGUACAAAGAGAUUACUGCUGACUCCAUCCAAGAGACAGAAAGGUUUGUUAAAGAGCUACUGGAAAAGAAGUAUCCAAGAGUACAGCCUAUAAUAACCCCCCGCUUUGGGCCUUCCUGCACAGAGGAUUUGCUGUGUGCACUUGGUGAUUUAGCACAGGCUCGGGAUCUCCAUGUGCAGAGUCACAUAAGUGAGAAUGAAGAAGAACUCAAACUUGUGGAAAACAUGUUUCCUGCCUACCAGAAUUACACUGAAUUGUAUGAUAAAAACAAGCUGCUUACCAGCAAGACAGUGAUGGCUCAUGCCUGUUAUCUUUCUGAAGAAGAGCUGAAACUUUUUAGUGUUCGUGGAGCUGCAAUUUCACAUUGCCCCAAUUCUAAUUUUUCGUUGCGCAGUGGUGUCUUAAAUGUGCGAAAUGUCCUGAAACACAAUGUGAAGCUUGGCCUUGGCACAGAUGUUGCCGGUGGAUAUUCAGCUUCUAUGCUUGAUGCCAUCAGGAAAACAAUGAUGGCAUCUAAUAGCCUUCAGAUCAAUAAAUUGAAUGAAACAGGACUAACUCUUGAAGAAGCUUUUCAACUAGCCACUCUAGGAGGAAGCCAAGCUCUAGGACUAGACGAUGUGAUUGGAAACUUUGAAGUUGGCAAAGAAUUUGAUGCACUGCUAAUCAACGCAAAGGCUUCAGACAGCCCUUUUGACGUGUUCUCUGCUGAUAAUUUUGAGGACAUUCUCCAGAAAUUCCUGUAUCUAGGUGAUGAUCGGAAUAUUUCUGAAGUGUAUGUGGCUGGAAAACAAGUGGUUCCUUUUUCAAGUUCAGUAUAAAUCCAUUUUCCUUUUGCAAAAUACUCUGCUGAUCGUUCUGCAUCCAAUUUGGAGAAGAUUGACUAAACACAGUGCCUGAUCAUCAGGAAUGACACUUCAUUUUUGUUUAAUGUUUUAAAUUUGCAAACGUUAGAAAUUUUAUUAAACCUUUAAAGGAUUACUUUACCAAAUUUGUCAUAAUUCUAAAGGAAACAAGUUUUUAAAUUUAUCUCUAAAAGCAACAUGUGUGCAUUGAUUAGGGAUUUAGUAAAUACCUUCAUAAAUGAGGACACGUGCUGUUCUGUUUAAUACUAGUGUAGGAAGCAUUACAAAGACCAAUAAGGCUCUGAUUAUCUGUAAUGCAUCUGAAUUUUAAAAAAAGCCAGGACUAGUAAAUUGAUUUUGCACAUAAUGAAUAUCACAGAAGAAUGCCAUUGCCUGUUAACACAAAGUAUGGAAAAAUCAAUUACUUUUUUGGGGCACUUUGAACAUUUUUCAGUUCUCCUUAGGAGCUUAUUUUUUUAAGUAAUUAUUUCACUUAAAAGAUUAUUUUUUAAAGAAAAAAUUCAUAAGAAAUGUGUAUUUAUAAGUAAAUAAGGAUCCUUAUUAUCAAAGAGUUUAGAUUUGUCAUUCGUUGGCAGCCAGAAGAGGGCUGGUAGAAGAACCAAAGAAGAAACAGGGUAUUAGCUACAGUUAGAAAGGCUGGGAGGGCAAAGGGGCUGCACUGUGCUGUGAUGCUGUCAGCUGAAAGUGCAUUUCCACAGAGUUAGUGUCUGGAAGCUGUCAGCCUGAUCUUCUACCCACUUCAUUGAAUUAUCUUCAGCGGAGUGACAGCUGAAUGAAACUUGUGUGCAAUUAGAAGCAAGCAGCAAGCACUAAGAGAUCUGGGCAGGCUACUUGAUGGCAAGUAAAUAAAGGGGGUUUUUUUGGACUUGGAGUACUUCAUCUAGUUCAGCCUCCUUCAGAACCCUCUCGAGCUCAUUUACUCCUGACUGUUCAGACAGGAUGAUACGUUGUCCCUUCUCCUUUCUGUAAGGGAAAUGAGCAGAUUUAAAAAAAAUCCAGGAGACAUGGACUAUUUCUGGCCAUUAGGACCUUUGACUUGAGGUGGAAAAAGCACUGGAAAAAGCAGAUCAGCUUUAACAUGCUCUUUUGUAUCUUUCAAUAUGGCAACCAUAAUUCCAGCCCUGUACAAUUCCAGGUAAAAAAAUGUGCCCUUUUUGACUUGGAAAUCUAGGUGACUUCCUUUUUUAAAAAAACAUAUGUUUCCCUACAUUUUUUCAGAGACUUUUUUUUCCCAAGAUUAGUUUAAGGAGGAUUGGUUUCAGGGUAUUUCUUGUUUCUUUUUGAUAUUUUUGGAGCACAAGGGAUGUAAGCUGUAAUUUCAGUGUCAAUAGAGGCAAUAUUGUAUUGAGUAACUAUAAACAUGUGUUUAAUAUGGUUUUAAGGCCUGCUUCAAACUCCUUUGAUUUCAUUUAACUUUCACACUUUUGUCUUGCUGCCUGGUGAUACAAAGGUACAGGACUUCCCACUAUUCAAAAUACAAGGCAGGUCACUGCCCCAGAGUCUUACUUCAGGUCUACUUCUGAAAGAGUUCUUGGCCCAACACCACUGACACAUUUCUGAUUUUAAAAGCAUUUUCAGUGCUCAUGUAUUGUAAUGCCUGCAUGAGACAGUAAAUGGUCAAGAAGAAGUGUGAAAGCUAGCUUGGGCACCUAAAGCAGUAGAGUCUUUUCAGUGUGGUUUAUUUUCUGAAGCUGAGUACCCCUCUGAGCAGGAUGAGGGGGUGUGGACUCGCAGGUGCAUGGCUUGCUGAUGGGGGUCUGGCUUGGGUAUCUCCACAGGGCACCGCACUGUGCCAAGUGCUUGUGCAGGUAGAACCUUCCUAUCCAUUCUGCUCAAUGAUUCCUCAAGCCUUUGGAGACAAGAUUUAAGCGUUAAGAUUUCCACUUUCCAUCAGGGUAUUUUCCUAACCCUUUUGUUUUUCAUGUGCCCCAAUCAUCUAUGUGGUAGUAGCACACUUGCUUGGCAUCUUCAGCUCUUUACCUUGAUUUCCUGAUUCAGGAAGCAUUUUUCCUCAUGAAAUUUUUACAUGAAUUCAGUUGACCAAAUGUCACAUUCCAAAACCAAAGACCUGUGAGACACAUUUUAAUCCUCCCAGUUACUGUUUGAAACUAUUUUUAGGGAGUUGCAUGGUUUUCAGCUUUGGCUUUCCUGCAAGAAUGUUCUCUGGAGCAGAGAAAGGUUACAUAGCCUUGUGUAGAAUUUAUGUUUGUGACCUACUUCUUCACUUCCAGCACUAUGAAUUAAAUCAGUGCUCUUAUUUUAGUGGUAGUUUUAACUGUCUCUGACUUUAUUGUGUUCUCACUGUUUGGAAGUGUUGUUAGGAAUAAGGUUCAGCAUUUCUUCAUAAAAGAUUUGUGGGGCUGGAAAUACAGAAACACUCCAACAAGUUCAACACCAUACUGCUGGCCCAGUUACAAAGGGAAUCCCUAGCAUAACUGCUGCCAGUGAGCUCUGUAUCUGAAUAUAGGCUGUGUCAUGAGCAGUUUGAUUCUUGUUAAAUUCAGGCAAAAGGUAGGAACUCAGCCUUUUGGUUAUAGUUUUACCAGUGUCCAGUAUCCAGACACUGCCCAGAAUUAGAAAUGAAGAAUCGGCUUUCUAAGAAUGUCAGCUGGUAGAGGAGCUCUGCCUGCAGGUAGUGCUGGUGCCAGUGCAGGCUGCCCGCACGAUCCUGCAGUGCCCAAGACAGGGAGGAUGGAGAACCAAGACUGAUAGCAUUAGACUAAAUGCUGAGGUGCUUGGAGGUAAAGGAGAGAAACCUGAAUUUUAUGUGAGAGAACGCCAGUGGAGGAAUUGUUAUAACAAAUAAACUGGGAGGUAAUUUUAACAGCAGCAUCUUAAAUAGGAUUGAAUGGAGAAGACUGUAGUGCCAGAAAAAAAUAGUUUACAUGGGGUCAUCUGAGGUAGUCCCAAGAGCUUGUUUAGUAGAUGAUGGCUUAUGCACAGAAAUGCUAAGGUCUUACAUGAUGUAGGACCUAAACUUCUCUGAAGCAGUUUUGGGAAAGUCACUGAGUAUCCCCCUGUGAAGUUUUGGUCCUUGACACAUUUGGCUGUAUGUAGAUUCCCAAGACACUUGGUGCAAUAGGAGAGGAUCAAUAGAUAAAAGCAAUUACUGCUGAGAAUCAUACAUCUACUCUAUAUGCAGCUUGAGACCACAUAUAUUCUCUUUCCUUGUAUAAAUGUCCCCACUGCAUAUGGAGUUUGAAGCAGGCCAAACAGUUGGUUCAGUCUCUUAAUGUAUCUUUUAGAGGCUAGAGCAUAUUUGGCAUGCAUCUGAACUUCCAGUGCAGUUUCCUCCAAAAGAAACUUAAUCCUUGUGUACCAAAGCUACCCUGCAAACUGAACCAAGACUCAAGAAGGAAGAUGAUUAGGAAUUCAUUUCGGAACACCACAACUGUUUCAAAACAAAAUGCUAAUGGAGGCUAGUACUUGGACUAUUCCCCAUCUCUCCUCAUUGUCACAGAACUUAGUAGCUGAAGACAAAUUAAAGCAACCUCCUUCCCUCUUCCUCCCUCUUCCACAAAAAAACACAAACCCCAAAAGUAUAAAGUCAGACAACAAAACGCUAAAGGGAGAUGAGUGCAUGGAACAAAAGAAAGGGAUAAUUUUCAGUCAGUAUAAAUCGACACAGUGCUACUGACUUCAGAUAAAACCUCUGGAAACAUGCACACACAACUGUUUCCAGAUGUCACUCCCCAUUUAGUUCUGUUGCCAGAUUUUGAAAGGGAUCUUUGUUUCAAAAUGUGUCUUGUGUGUUCAAUGAUAGCACACCAUUCAGACAAAUUUUUUUUAAAAAGUGUAGUUUACGGAAAGCUUGCUUAUUGGGGCAAUAUGCUUAAUGCGUCCUAUGUUCAGAUGAGCAGUUAUUUAUUAGAAACUGAAUGUAUUUGAAUUGCUGUUGUAUGUUGAUCUCAUUGUGUUGCUUCAGGUUUUGAUUAAUGAAAUGCUAGUAAGUAUUGCUGAUAUAUUAUGCAGCAUUAUUUGAAUGAUUCAUGUAUGGCAAGUGGAGUUCUGCACUUUAAAAUGUUGCCUUGGCCAAAUGUUUAUAUAUUUAUUCUGUGUUUUUUGUGCAAUCAAAAGGAUUUGCAGGGGAUAAAAUGUGUAUUUGUUUAAUGUGCUGAACAUUUUCUUUGUUGUAAGUGGACUUUCUCUUAGAGAAAGAAGGGUUAAAGUGACCCCUUUAAAAUUCUGUGCCUGAUCGUACACUCCAGAAUUAAAAAUUAUAAUGAUUUUAUGAAAGCCAA